AUGCUGGUGCUGUACGGCUCGUCUGUGCACUCGCCCUCCAAGCGCGCGCAGCUGCUCGCGGCGGCGCAGAAGCUUAUCCCGGCUUUGAGAUCGUUGGAUGCCGUACAUCUUCAUCUCGUUGCGCCCGCGUCGGACGAUAUCAAGAAUGUGAAUAGUGAAGCGCGCAGGACGCUUGAUACGCUGCUCGCGUACGGCGAUGAUGAUUCGCUGUCCUCGACCGUCUCCGCUCUCCGUACAUCCGACGGAGUGAUCUACGUCCUCCCGCGCCCAGGCUCUGUGUCGCCAUGGUCGUCCAAAGCAACUGAUAUAUCCGCUCUUUGCGGUCUUGAGUCGCACGUCUCGCGUCUCGAACGCGGUGCGGCCUAUGUCUUUGAACCGGCCCUAUCUCCCGAGGAGCUCGAGCUCGUGAAGCCGAUUAUACACGAUCGCAUGACUCAGGCCGUCUUUACGGCUCUCCCAGAUGAAAGUGAGGUGUUCAGGGAAGGAGAAGCAAGAGAGCUGAGGACCGUGGGGAUCAUGGAGGGUGAUGCAAGGGAGAGGCUCGAAAGGGCGAACAAGGAGUUGGGGUUGGCGCUUGCGCCAGAUGAGAUCACGUAUCUCCUCGAUGCAUUCGUAUCGGGUCAAACUCCGCUCUCGCGUAACCCGACCGACGCUGAACUAUUUAUGUUCGCCCAAGUCAACUCUGAGCACUGUCGGCACAAGAUCUUCAAUGCUUCCUGGACGCUCAACAACGCCGACCAACCUCACUCUCUCUUCAACAUGAUUCGAAACACAGAGAAAGUCGCCGGCGGGGAACAGAGCGGUACGAUCAGCGCGUACAGCGAUAACGCCGCCGUCUUCUCCGGCAGCCGGGCACCUCGAAUGGGUAUCAAGGAGGGUGUCUGGGAAGCGGUGGAAGAGCAAAACGAGAUCCUCGUCAAGGUUGAGACGCACAACCACCCCACGGCUGUCUCGCCCUACGCGGGCGCUGCCACAGGCUCAGGUGGCGAGAUCCGCGACGAAGGCGCUGUCGGCCGCGGCUCAAAGCCCAAAGCCGGUCUUACGGGCUUCACCGUCAGUGACCUACGUAUCCCCGGCUUCGUGAGACCCUGGGAGCUGGACGUAGGCAAACCGGCUCACAUCGCUUCGUCGCUCGAUAUCAUGCUGGAUGCGCCUCUCGGCGCGGCGGCGUUCAAUAACGAGUUUGGGCGGCCCGCGUUGGCAGGAUACUUCCGCACGUUCCUUGCGCGCGAGCCGGGGACGCCCCAUGUGCCUGUUGGGACCCACAAGCACGCGCAUCCAGAUGAUAUGCCGCAUGGGGAGAAGGGAACAGGAAAGGUUAGGUUGAGGGGAUAUCAUAAGCCGAUUAUGCUCGCUGGAGGCGUGGGUAAUGUGAGGCCGGAGUUCGCGCAUAAGCGCCAGAUCGACGUUGGCGCAAAGCUCAUCGUCCUCGGUGGGCCGGCCCUGCUCAUCGGUCUUGGCGGCGGUGCGGCGUCUUCUAAAGCUGGAGGCGAGGGCAACUCGGAGUUGGACUUCGCAAGCGUGCAGAGAGAUAAUGCUGAGAUGCAGCGCAGGUGUCAGCAGGUCAUCGACGCGUGCACGCACCUCGGCGCACAGAGCCCGAUUCAGAGUAUACAUGAUGUCGGCGCUGGCGGGUUGUCAAAUGCACUGCCUGAACUGGUGCACGACAGUGGCCUGGGCGCGACGUUCGAGAUCCGGGAUGUACCCGUAGCGGACGGUGCGUUGAGUCCAAUGGAGAUAUGGUGUAACGAGUCACAAGAACGAUACGUCCUCGCCAUCUCCCCCACCUCCGUCGACCUCUUCACCUCUAUCGCCACCCGCGAACGCUGUCCCUUCGGCGUAGUCGGUACCGCCACGUCUGAGCAGGAGCUCGUCGUCACGGACCGCUUGUUAGGCAAAGAUGUAAUCAGGUUAGGCAUGGGGAUGCUGUUUGGCAAACCGCCGAGGAUGCAUAGGACGGAUGAGAAGGUUGAGGGGAAGAGGAUCGAGUUUGACGCGACGCUCGAGCGCCCGAUGUGGGCUCUGCCCUCUCUUCAAGCGCGCGUAGCCGAAGCCGUCAACCGUGUACUUCACCUCCCGACUGUGGCGAGCAAGAGCUUCCUCAUCACUAUUGGCGACCGCACCAUCACUGGUCUUGUAGCGCGCGACCAAAUGGUCGGACCUUGGCAGGUACCCGUAGCAGACGUAGCAGUGACUCGCGCCGGCUACGGCUUCGACAUCCACAUAGGCGAAGCAAUGUCAAUGGGCGAGCGUACACCCCUCGCCCUCCUCUCCCCUUCCGCCUCAGCCAAGAUGGCCGUGUCUGAGUCCCUCACGAACCUCGCCGCAUCCUACGUCGGACCUCUCAACCGCGUCAAGCUGAGCGCGAACUGGAUGAGCGCAGCAAGCGAGAAGGGCGAAGGCGCGGCGCUGUAUGAGGGUGUACAAGCGGUUGGGAUGGAGCUCUGUCCGACGCUGGGUGUGGGGAUUCCGGUGGGGAAAGAUAGUAUGAGCAUGGCUAUGCGUUGGUCCGACCGCUCGUCUGAGGCCGACGGAGGAAAGGUGGACAAGGAGGUCGUUGCGCCGCUCAGCUUGAUCGUCACGUCCUUCGCGCGGGUUCAAGACGUACGCAAGACGUGGACCCCGACCCUCAGACGGGACGUGAAGGACACGGUGCUUGUUCUCCUCGACCUCGCACAGGGCAAGCACCGACUCGGCGGGAGUGCAUUGGCGCAAGUCUGCGACGAGCUCGGAAAGACCGCGCCUGAUGUGGACGAUCCUGCAGUUCUCAAGGCCUUCUUCGAUGCGACGCAGCGCGAAGACGUGCGCGAGUGGGUAUUAGCGUACCACGAUCGCUCGGAUGGCGGUCUUCUUACGACGGUGGCGGAGAUGGCUUUCGCUGGACGCGUUGGGAUUACGCUUGAUCUGGAUCAGGUCGUUGGAGAGGGCGGACCCGUGGCGCGGUUAUUCGCGGAGGAGCUCGGCGCUGUUGUGCAAGUGCGCCGCUCGGACAUUCCCGCCUUGACAUCAGCAUUCGCGGACUCUGGCUUCCCAUCGAGCGCUGUUCAUAUCGUGGGGACAGUCGCGGACCAUGACGGACUCGUCACCGUUCUCUGGGAAGGCGAGAAGCUCUUUGAGAGCACACGCAGCGCGCUGCAGGAGUUGUGGAGCGAGACGAGCAUGCGGAUGCAGAGUCUGCGCGAUGACCCGACUUGUGCGACAGAGGAAUACGCUCUUAUCAAGGACGAAAAACACACCGGCCUAUUCUACGACCUCAAGUUCACCCCUCCCUCUCCAUUGAACGACUUGGCGCCCAUCAAACCAAAGGUUGCGAUUCUCCGCGAACAAGGCGUCAACGGUCAAAUAGAGAUGGCAUGGGCGUUCGGCGCGGCAGGGUUCGAAGCGCACGACGUACACAUGAGUGAUCUCAUCUCCGGGCGUGUCGAUCUCAGCUCGUUCAGGGGUCUCGCGGCGUGCGGAGGGUUCUCGUACGGCGAUGUCCUAGGCGCAGGAAAGGGAUGGGCACAUUCAGCGCUCUUACACUCCGAAACACGUCGUCAGUUCUCGGCGUUCUUCGAGCGCGAAGAUACGUUCGCGUUGGGCGUAUGCAACGGGUGUCAGUUUAUGUCGCAUCUCAAGGAGCUGUUACCAAAGGAGGCGCAUGACUGGCCCGAGUUCAAGGCUAAUCGGGCGGGGAGGUUCGAAGGGCGCGCGAGUAUGGUCGAGGUGCUCGAUACGUCGACGACGAGGAAGAGCGUGUUUUUGCGCGAUAUGGUCGGGUCGAGGCUUCCCGUGGCCGUCGCGCAUGGUGAAGGACGCGCUUCGUUCGCUUCGACCUCUCAACGCAACGCCUUCCUCUCCUCGGAUCUUGCCGCCGUGCGCUUCGUCGACUCUCAAGGCCUCCCCGCUGAGUCUUACCCGUCCAACCCGAACGGCUCGUCCGGCGGCUUGACGGGUGUACAGACGCCCGACGGACGCGUAUUAGCGCUGAUGCCGCAUCCCGAACGCGUUGUUCAACUCGAAAGCAAUUCGUGGUACCCGCAGGAGAUGAGGUAUGUUUGGGAGGGCGUUGGGCCGUGGUUCCAGUUAUUCGUUAGUGCGAGGAGGUGGAGCGCGUGA